UUGAUUAAGUCUCAUCCAAUCUUCAAUUUAAUCACUAUUCAUGAUUGAAAUAAUCAAAAAUAACUCGGGCACAAAUUAUUUAAAAUUCAGUUUCCUUUCCUCGUUUGUUGGGGACUGUAUUAAGUGUUUCUGCUUAUGUAAAAAUUUUAGCUUCAAAAUAAAAUGAAAGUUUUGAUUUUAAUAUUCAGUUUAAUCUAUUUCAUUUGGAAUCCAUCAUUUGCUGAAGAUUAUUUGGAAUAUGGAUUAUGUCCUAAAGAAAUAUUAUCACAUUAUGCUGUUAAGCAAUCAGUUAAACCAAAAACUGAAAUAUGUCAUAUGAGAAAAGAUCUCUUUGAUGGAACAAGAUAUUUAAAAUCACUGUGCAUGAUCCGUGGAUCUUACACAUAUGAAGAAUCUAGAAGAAUCUGUGCUGAACACAACAUGAAUGCAUUCAUAAUUGACGAUGAGAUAGUCGAAACACACUUCUUUGAUGCAUCAACAUACUUACUAAGAGAACAUCCAGGUGGUGUCGUGUGGAUAAAUGGAAAAAGAAGUGAUGGUCAAUGGAAUGUUUUUAAUUUGGAUCAGUCUGUUAAAGGUCCACUAUUUGAAGAUAUUAUUUGGGCUAAUAAAAAUGCAACUGGAGAAUGUCUUAAAUUUUCAUCAACUUAUGGGCCAUAUCAAGCACUGCCAGCUUCAUGUUAUGAUGAACACUGGGGUGUCUGUGAACAUUAUAAAAGAACUGAAUAUCCAACUGGUCUGGAUGUGUCUCCUUGUCGUAACAAAAAACCUUUAUAUGUCGAUGGUGAAUACAUAAAGUCAAUGUGCAUUAUAGAAACUUCCGACACUUAUGACGAAGGAAGACAAAGAUGUUCAAGACAUGGAAUGAACUUAUUUAUUAUUGAUAGUGCUGGACUUGAACUAGUUUUUCAUCAAUCAACAACUCAAUUUUUGUCUCAACAUCCAAAUGGAGCAGUAUGGAUUAAUGGAAUGCGAGAUAAGAUUUCGCAUCAAUGGAUGGUCUAUAAUAAAAAUCGAAAACCAAUGACUAGUCUCUUUAGUGGACUAGAGUGGAUAUCAAAUGGACAAACUAGUGGAAAUUGUCUCAGAUAUACUGGUUAAAAUGGACCUUAUAGGUCAAUGGGAUUUUCAUGUGACUCACGACAUUGGAUUGUUUGUGAAUAUGAUGAUUAAAUUGUAUUAAGUAGAAGAUGAAGUUUGAGUUAUCAGGCAAAAAUGAUAAGGUCAACAGCCAGUCAAUAGCUUGUUAUCAUGCGAGACAAAAUAAAAGAAAAUAAUGAAUUCAAAAA